CCCGGAAGUAGUUCUGGCAGUAACUUGAUGUUGGUAAAUCCUCUUUCUAGAGCGCAAUGGGGAAUACUGAAGACUCAGGCUGAUGUGAUUGACCCCGGCGAACACUCGGAAGCCGUUUAGCUCGAGCAGGCCAUGCUGUGGUGAGGUGUGUCAGCGAUGACGGAUGUGGAGGCGACCUAUGAGGACUUCAUUGCUUCUCGACGAUCGGGCCGACGGAAUGCCAUCCAUGAAAUGCCAGCAGCACCAGGAGAGCAGGGACCCACUGACUUGUCACAAAGUCUGGCACAGCUCAACAUCAACAAGUCAGGUGACGAGGGAGAAGACGCUGAGAAAAGCCAGGACUCUGCAGCUAAAGAAGAGGCGACUCAAGCCGAGGGCACCUAAGAGCCAUGAGACGUUCAUGGACUCAGACAGCCACUUCUUUUCGUCCUUCUGAUCCCUGAGUGCCAAGCCUCGGACGGGCCAGUUGCGACUGUGGACACAGACAGCAAAAUCCUCUACUGCCAACGAACCCGCCAUCAGGAAGUCAUCGCUACAGCAACUGCGGUGCAUUCUCCCUCCUGCAGCCUCCUCUCCUUGCUGCCUUCCCGUCAGGGCAGCUGAUAUUAGAGUGGAUGUGGUGACUGGUGAGCACGGCGCAGCGCCAACAACCAAAACUGGCCCUCGUUAGGCUGUCAGUGGUCCUGAGUGGAGGGAGAGAAGGGGAAAGAAGGCACGUUAGGACUUUGGGACAGGCUUGAGUUUUGCCACAGAAUUUAAAUUUUGUCUUCCCCCCCCCCAGUCGCCUUGAAUCAAUCACCACUCCUGAGGCGGACACACUUCCAGGAAGCCGAGGACGGUGUUUGGGCACCUACUUUUCCUCUGUUUUUCUUCAUGUGUGUCGGUGUCUGUGCUACCUCUACGAGUGCUCACUGUUUUUAUUUUUUCUUUUUUUGUCACGCUGAUUAGCCCAAGGCAUCCUGGUACUACACUUUGUGUUUCUUUUUAAAUGUCAGGUGUAAUAUCGCAGUCACUUAUGACGGGAUUUUAGACAAGUGUGUGUAAAUAAUUUUCAUUGCAGUAAAUCAAAUAUUCCACUGACCAGGGCAAAAAGGGCACAUUUACUUUUGCCUGUCAGAGCGUCGGGAAAUACACAAAUUCAGAUGUGUUCUGUUUCACUGGCUGACUUCCCUGUAUCCUGCUUUGCUCUUGGAAGUGUGGAUUACGUCUAUGAUGCCAUUUGAGUGUUUGUGUUUUCUGCGACUGUUUCAGCCCUCACACCUGCAGACUUUGUAACAUUUUAGCAUUCUGAAGGACGUUUCCCAUACACUUACACGAGGAAUUAGUUUGGUACUUUACUUAUCACUUGAAAUACAUGCACGCAUUUGAAAGCUGUAGUGCUUAACUUUUUCUCCAGCAUUUCUCAUGUACUUGAGUGAGAAGGUGCCUCUCCUUCAUGGUUUAACGCUAUGAGAUUGGAUGUGAUGUGUGCUGAGCACAGUGUGACGUCAGCAACCAAAACCAGUCCCGUUUGACUGUACACACGAUUAAAAUCCUGAUAUCCAUCCAUCCCGUCACCUUGAAUCGAGAAUAACUCCGUGAAAAUGUGCAUAUGACGUAUGCCUGCAGUUUACUGUCCCUUCUGAUCUUUCAACAUUCUCCAUGGAGGAAAAGACACAUCAGUGUUUUUCCUCACUGUCGAUUCCUCAGUUCUGUUUCUAUCAGCAAAAACAUCCCACACUGUAGCUUUAAAAAUACAACAUUAUUUGACCUAACUAUGAUUUGUGGAUGUAGCAUUUUUCUUUUACAAACAACUUUUAAAUAUUCAUCAUGCGACUGACUAUAAUUCUUGCAGUCAUUGCAUUCAGACGGUUGCUAAUAGCUUGGAAUGACACUUUUCCAAAUACGUACCACCUAUACAUCUUAGCUAAGUGUUGCUUUGUUGCUCAGUUUGUUCAUAUUUAAGUAUCCUUCCUAAGAUGGGGAAAAAUUCAAGUGCAAAGCAAUUUCCUUUUCCCGGUUAGCCACAGUAGAUUAUUACACUGCCAUUUAUCAUAUCCAAAGUGUGCGAGUGCGUGUGUUUGGUUAUCUUGGAUGUUGACUGAAAACGUAUUUGCUUCUGGAGAACUAUUGCACUAUUAUUAGCAGUCGGUUAAACUUGUGUGUUGUUCAUAAUGUGUUACUGUUCGUUAAAGGCCUGUAGUGUGUGCUUUGUGUGUGACAAUUGUAAGGUUUGUACAAAAUGUCAAUAAAUUUUACUAUUUUUGACCGUCAGCCUUUUCAUGGUGAAUCCCCCUUUUAAUACUAUAACUGUACACUGCCUUGUUUUUGUUAAUAAAAAUACAUGGAUCUUCA